AUGGUAUUAUUAUUAAAGCCUGCUCCAGCUAGUUCAACCUCAGUGGGAAGUGGAACCCGCUCUCCCAGCAAAUUGUCAUCUCCUGCACCACGUAGCGGCGGUGCUGGUGGAAGCAACUUGAAACAACGUAAAACCACAAGCAGCAGCACAACUGCUCCCAGAAGCCGUGCAGCUGGUGGCGCUGGAACCGGAGGAAUGUGGCGUUUUUAUACCGAUGAUUCUCCCGGUAUCAAAGUUGGCCCAGUUCCAGUUUUGGUAAUGUCCCUGCUAUUCAUUGCCUCCGUAUUCAUGUUGCACAUCUGGGGCAAAUACAACCGUUCUUAAACUAUAUCGUUUUAAGUGAUAUCAGCUUCCCAAUACGACAUAAUAUUCAUUCAUAAUAUUGUCGACGUCAUCAUUUGGUAAAUUGCCCCGCUGCUGCUGCUUUCUACUUUCAUUUUGUGUCGUGUCGCUUAUGUUAGACGAAACAAAGCGCGUUGGUAAUUCUUAGUUAUUUCAUAAGUUAUUCAUCCAAUUUAUUAUUAUAAUUAUAUAAAAAUCGUAAAGAAUUUUUUUAUCUGUAUAUUUAAAUGCAGUUUAUGAAAAAAAUGUCAUUCCACAAUUUUCAGUGGUGUUAAAAUAAAA